AUGUCACGCUCGGUGUUUCCACCUAUUUGCAGUCUUUAUAAUGGUUUCAUUUUAUUUUCCCAGGCUCCUAAACCGGGCCCCUAUGUUAAAGAGAUGCAGGAUGCCGCCAUGUUCUACACCAACCGCGUGCUCAAAGACUUCAAGGAGAAGGACAAGACACAUGUGGAGUGGGUGAAGAUCUACGUCUCCAUCUGGACUGAUCUGCAAAACUACAUCAAAAAGCACCACACCACAGGACUGACCUGGAGCAAGACCGGUCCCGUAGCUUCGGCCAGUGCAGCUCCUCCCAGUGCUCCCGCUGGUGGAUGUCCUCCCCCUCCCCCUCCUGGACCACCACCUCCACCCAUGGACUUGAGUGGAUCCUCUGGCGGCCGUGGUGGCAAUUCUGGGGCUGUUAAUCACAACGCUUUGUUCGAAUCCAUCAACAAGGGAUCCAACAUCACCAGCGGCCUGAAGCAUGUGAGUGACGACCAGAAGACCCACAAGAAUCCUGACCUGAGGGGUCAGACCGCUUCAGUGCGUGCUGGACCCAAACCCUUCAUUUCAACCCCCCGACCUGCUCCGGCUGCCGCCCCGUCCCGUACUCUGCCCCCCGUGUUGGAGCUGGAUGGGAAGAAGUGGAAAGUGGAGAACCACGAGGGAGCACAGGACCUGAUGAUCAGCGACACUGAGCUGAAACAAGUGGUUUAUGCUUUCAAGUGUAACAAGAGCACCCUGCAGGUCAAGGGCAAAAUCAACUCCAUCACCUUAGACAAUUGUAAGAAAAGUGGGCUGGUGUUUGAUGACGUCGUCGGCAUCGUAGACAUCAUCAACUGCAAAGACGUCAAGAUCCAGGUCAUGGGUAAGGUGCCGACCAUCUCCAUCAACAAGACGGACGGCUGCCAGGUUUACCUGAGCCAAGAUUCCCUGCAGUGCGAGAUCAUCAGCGCCAAGAGCUCAGAGAUGAACAUCAUGGUACCCAACAAAGACGGAGAAUAUACGGAGCUUCCUGUUCCCGAGCAGUUCAAGACCGUCUGGGACGGCCAGAAGCUCGUUACCACAGCAACAGAGAUCGCCGGAUAGACGGGGGCAGUGUAUGAAAUGACCGCCCCCCCUCCUUGACAUCAUCCCACACCAUUUUUUUUUUUGCAAACUCCUACCUGACUGAUCGACCACUCCACCAGCUAACUCUCACUGUAGACUGAGAUUCGGACCUCAUGCGUUCCAUCUCCCAUCCCUUCUUCCCUAACAGCCAAUCACAGCUGAAGCUGUCCCCUCCAUAAGCCAAUGAGGAGUGCUUGCUUUACCCUGGGAGCAAAUCCUCCAGCCAAUCAGCAGGGAGCAGCUUGUCAUUAAAAUUGGGUUUUCCCUGAGAUCCAGGGAGCACUUAUCAAAAAACGAAUAAUGCCAAUAGCUGGAUGCUCUUUUUUUUUUUUUUUUUUCUAUCUGGACAAAUGUAACAUGUAGAAUAGCCAACAUAGGAACAGUGAUUCCUCUGCAACGAAAGCACUGCAGCCAAUCAGGCUCCACCACCACGAUGCUUCAUUCAGGGUUUCUCUCUUCUUUUCAUGCAAUUCACUGAAGCCAUUUAACAGAGGCUGCUGGCUUCCAUAUCACCGCCACUGAUGUUGACUGUAAGAUUAUGUAACAUUCAAAGCAGAUGAUAUAAAUAUAUAUUAAAAAAAACAAUUGUCGGCACUCAAAGCACAUAAUUAGACACAAAAACAAGUAGUCUGUGAAACCACUGUCUAUUUCACACCAUCUAACUCUUCAUCUUGAUGAUGUUGUGCAAUUAAAAUAGGACAAAACUCAAUAAUCCCACAUUCCCUUUAACCCACACAUAGAACAUUCCCAAGUGUUAAAAACAUUCCAUGUAAAGAGGCCUGUAAGAAAAAGUUGUGGUAAAGAGCAGAGAGAGGUCGCUGCAGAGCGGAGGAGAAAGAAAAUGACACAAAACAAAGAGACUGAAAGAAAUAAUUGAUCGUUACUGAAGGCUCCACCUCCACGUCAGUCUCUAGAUUGGAAAUAUCUGGUGUGAUCGUGUGUGUGUAAAUAUCCCUCAGCGUCUCUUCCCUCCCUCCUCACCCUGUCUCCACUCUUCACUGAUUUCUUUUUUUAAAUAUUGUCUCUUUUUCUUUUACCUCUUAUCAUUUUGGGUCCAAAAUCAGAAGUCUGCUCAUUAGUUCUGGAGACGUCAUUAAAAAAUGUUGCAAUAAAAA